UUACUGUAGACCACAAAGCCGCCAACUGUGGAAUCGCCUUUGAAUCUCAUCGACUCUCAUCACUUCUCCUCUCUGCUAUCCAGUUUCGAGCUGGUUACUGAUGCAUUGAGAGAAUCUGGUCUUGAAUCAUCAAACUUAAUUCUUGGUAUCGACUUCACAAAGAGCAAUGAGUGGAUAGUGAUUCUAGGCAGGCCAUCAGAUUGAUAUUCAAACGCAGAAGUCAGUUUCAAACAGUUUUGAACCUGGCAGUGAGUCUUCAACUGAGCUCCAUUCUCCAGUCUCCAUUCCAUCAUGGACUUGCUCACCCAUUUGCUAGCAUUCGCAGGGCUUUUUCUGGGUUUGUUGUUUUGGUAUAAUCGAUGGAGAGUUAGGACUCUCACUCACAAUAGUAAGGGCAUAUCAGCCCCAAAACCCCCUGGUGCCUGGCCAAUCAUAGGUCAUCUGCAUCUCCUAAGUGGCCAAGUCCCAAUUUUCCGAACCCUUGGAGCCAUGGCUGAUAAGCACGGCCCUGUGUUCAUGAUCCAACUAGGGAUGCACCCAGCGGUAGUGGUCAGUAGUCAUGAGGCUGUUAAGGAAUGCUUCACUACCAACGACAAAGUUUUUGCCUCACGCCCACGUUCUAGCGUGUCAAAGCUCUUGGGUUACAAUUAUGCAGGGUUUGGCUUUGCACCUUACGGACCUUUUUGGCGUGAGAUGCGCAAGCUAUCGGUGGUGGAAAUUCUCUCUGCUCGUCGCCUCAAUGAAUUGAAGGAUGUACGGAUUUCUGAAUUGGAUGCUUGCAUCAAAGACUUGUACUCACUUGGCAAAGACAACAACUGGAUCAGUCCAAUAGAAGUGGUUAUGAGUGAGUGGUUUGAACACUUGACAUUCAAUUUCGUCCUUAGGAUGAUUGCUGGGAAGAGAUAUUUUGAUAACGCGGUCCAUGGAAAUGAAGAGGCAAGGGGUGCUAUAAUAGCUAUUAAGAAAUUCCUGUCUCUAUCUGGGGCCUUUGUUCCAUCAGAUGUGUUCCCAUUUCUUGAACGGUUGGAUUUGCAAGGCUAUUUGGGCUCCAUGAAGCAUGUUGCAGAGGAAUUGGACUGUCUUGUAGGAAGUUGGGUAGAAGAACAUGUUAUGAGGUUAAAGAGUGAGCCCGGAAGCAGGCAUGACUUCAUUGAUGUACUGCUAUCAGCAGUCCAAGACACCUCCAUGUUCGGCCACAGUCGUGAAACUGUUAUCAAGGCAACGAUAGGGAAUCUCAUCGUGGGAGGCUCAGACAGCACAUCUAUUACCUCGACAUGGAUCCUGUCUGCCUUACUGAAUAAUAGAGAAGCAAUGAAGCGUGCUCAGGAAGAGCUAGAUGUAAAUGUUGGGAGGAGCAGAUGGGUGGAAGAAUCAGAUAUUCAGAAGCUAGAUUACCUUCGGGCUAUCAUUAAGGAGUCUCUAAGGCUAUAUUCAGCUGCUCCCCUAUUAGUACCGCAUGAGGCGACCCAAGAUUGUCAUGUUUGUGGGUAUCACAUUCCUAAAGGCACCCGUUUGUUCGUGAAUGCAUGGAAGUUACAUCGAGAUCCGCGUGUUUGGUCCAACCCGGAAGAGUUUGAGCCAGAGAGGUUUUUGGGAAGUCAUGCAAACCUGGAUGUUUUUGGUCAUCAAUUUGAGCUCAUCCCAUUUGGGUCUGGUAGAAGGGCUUGCCCAGGGAUCAACAUGGCUUUGCAAAUGUUACACUUGACAUUUGCUAGGUUACUUCAAGGAUUUGACAUGACCACACCAUCAAAUGCUCCGGUCGACAUGACUGAAGGGAUAAGUUUCACCAUGCCUAAGUUAACCCCACUAUGCGUUAUGCUUACUCCACGCCUUCCUUCUCACCUCUAUUAGUGCUCACACUUGCAUGUGUGUGUGUAACCGGCUGCUCAAUGUAUAAACCAACCAGUAGGCUCGUAGAUACUUCUAUUAAUAUGAUGAUGUGAUAUAAUUUUUCCA